AGAUGUCUUCCUAUCGAGAGCAUUGCCAAAUGAUGGAAACCAUAUCUACAUCACUUUUCAUCCAAAUGACAUUAAUAUUUCAAUUUUUGUGUUCUCUAAUUGCAUUACCUGUGGUAGUUGUAGCAAGUUAUUGGUUGUGGAAGUCGAGAAAUGGGAAGUUAUUUCAUAUUAAUGUGAUUAUUAUAUUUCAAGUUCAUCUGUUCGGAUUUUUUGUUCAUUUUUUUAGUAGAAUAAUUCUUCAUGGCCUGGAUCUUUAUAACUAUGCAGUAUUUGACUACUGUAAUAUGCCUGCAAGCACAAUUCGAUGUUUCAUACUCCGCACUCAAUACGUAUUUGGAAUGCGGUUAAUAAGCGCGACUACAAUACCUUUUAUUAUUGAAAGAUACGUCGCCACUGUUAAAUCACCAAGUUAUGAGCACUCUGGAUGCACAUUUGGUAUACUUAUGGCGAUAUUGCAACUUUCAAUUGUGCUCUUUUCAACUGUCUUUUCAUUUUCCAGUUUUUCAUUUGCGGAUCCUUUUAUGGAUUACUGUAUUUCUUUCAAAAUUGGAAAGUUUGGCAGCACUGAAGUUAUUCAUUCAUUGGGCGUUGCAACUCAAAUUUUUGGAAGAAUACUGUUUGAGUAUAUAUUUCAAAAGAAUGAAAAACUCCGCUCGAAACGGUUAACCUCAACGCUUUCAAAUCGAUACUCUUUGCAGCAAAAUAUGAAAUCAAUGGAAACUUUGAAGGUGUUUGCAAACUUACAAUCAAUUUUUCUUACUGCACAAAUGACCAUUUUUCUAUUCAUCCUUUAUGUAGGACUAUCAAUUGAAAAACCUACAUACAUUUCAUUAGUCGAAUUGAAUGCUUCCUAUCCAAUAUAUGCUGUGGUUUCUAUUGUAAUUCUGUUCAAAAGAGAUCGAUCGAGCAGGGUGAAGCUCGAGAAGUCUCUGGAAACUCAUGUGCAAGCGGAUCAGAGUAUUUACUUUGAGAAUUUUAAAAAGGCGUGGCAGUGAAUUGAUAAUGAAUAGUCAUGAAUCU